AUGGACUGUACAAUUGAUAAUCCGAUAGAGACAUCGUUCUUCCAAGAAACUGCCUCUUUUGAUCAGAGUCAGAUUAUAGAUAACUCCCAUUGGGUCGACACACAACUGGAAGAAAUACACGAAUUUGACGAGACUGAUCUAUUUGAUUGGUCGGAUCUUUUUAAUACAGGGUUUGGAAAUCCACAUCUAAUGGUAAAUGAGGAACUCAACCAGUUUACACCAACUAUUCUGAACUCGUUUAGUCCUCGUAGUGAGUCAGUGAACUCCUUUACUUUGCAAGGUAAUCUGGACUUUCAGCGUUUUACACCAAAUUGGAACUGCAGCUUCUUCACUCCAUCAGAGACAAAACACUAUGGACUGUAUCAAAACACUCCGGACUGUACCAUUGAUAAUUCGAUAGAGACAUCCUUCUUCCAAGAAACUGCCUCCUUUGAUCAGAGUCAGAUUAUAGAGAACUCCCAUUGGGUCGACACACAACUGGAAGAAAUACACGAAUUUGAGGAGACUGAUCUAUUUGAUUGGUCGGAUCUUUUUAAUACAGGGUCUGAAAAUCCACAUCUAAUGGUAGUCGGUAAAGAGGGCAGCCAUGAACUUUUGACAACUGCACCAACUCCAAAAUCGCUCUACCCGUGCAGUAGAUUAAUUGAUACAUCUCAAGAUUUUCAGUCGUCUACACUAGGAGUGAACUCAUUAACCCCUGUUAAUGAAUUGAUGGAUACAUUUCCAAUGACAUAUAAUGAGGAACUCAACCAGUUUACACCAACUGUUCUGAACUCGUUUAGUCCUCGUAGUGAAUCAGUGAACUCCUUUACUUUGCCAGGUAAUCUGGACUUUCAGCGUUUUACACCAAAUUGGAACUGGUUCGAAGACGGUGCAAUUUUGGAUGACCUGACUUCAUGGCACGCUGUUGCUAAUAAUUUUUGGACUUAG